AUGGAGAAUUAUCGAACAAUAUUUCAAUCUUCAUCUUCAACCCCAGCUGCUUCUCACUUGUCUGUAUUAAACAUGGCAAAUUCUCACGCAGGAGCUGAAUUUCAAGAUCAAAGGUUAAAUCAGCACUUGGGACUGCUGGCACCUCGUACUGAAAUUCCUAUUUCGUACAUGAACAAUAUUGUUGCUCAGAGGAAUAACCUCGUAGAUGUUGGAACUGUAGAGGUUAAACCGGACGAGAAAUAUAAGGUUGAGAAGAAAUCUCGAAAACCUAAAUAUGCUUUUCAGACAAGAAGUCAGGUUGAUGUACUGGAUGAUGGGUACAGAUGGAGAAAAUAUGGUCAGAAAGCUGUGAAAAACAACAGAUUUCCGAGGUCUAUUGCUUCUUCUUCUUCCCACUUAAUUUCUGUUACUUUUAACUCAUAA